AUGUAAAUAAAUAAAACGUGGGUAGUAAUUGCAUGUAUAUCAUUUAAUAUAGGGUCUAUUUCAUAUGCAUUUGUUUCAAAUUCUAUGAACAAUGCCCUAAAAACUUUAUAUAUAGUUUUUGAAAUAAGCAAGGAUGAUUAAAGUUUUUUUGCGGGAGCUCUAACUAGCUCUGCAUAUAUUGGAGCCUUCUUUGGAGCAAUCUUAACCACAUUCAUAAAGAAAUAUCACACAGGAAUCCUGAUGGCAGACGUCUGCUUGUUUGUGGGGAGUUCAUUAUUGAUUUUUUCAGAUAUCUACACAUUUUUUAUUGGAAGAAUAAUAGCGGGAAUAGGUUGUGGGAUGUGUGCAGUUUGUUAGCCUGUGUUUAUUAGGCAAAUUUCGCCGACAUCAAUGUACUCAUCGAUGGGUGGCUUAUUAUCAACAGUAUUUUCAUUUGGGUACUUUUUGACUAUGCUCUAUGGGGUAUGGUUUCCAACAACGGACGAUAUUACAUCCCCUGAUCAAUUGAAUCAAUAUUUUUGGAGAGUGUACUUUUUCGUUGGUGGAAUUCCAAGUUUGAUAAGGAUCAUUGUGAUGAAAACCAUAUAUAAUUUCUAGACUCCUAUCUUUUACAUACAGAACAAUUAGGAUGAUAAAGCACUGGCAGUAUUGAAAAAGAUAUAUCAAAGUUCCAACUAUUAAGAAUUAUUAGAAAAUAUACGGGAAUAAUCAUAAACAUAGAAUAAAUAAGUUGAAUUGGGAGAGACAAUCAGAAAAUACAAGAAAUAAUUCCAAUUUGGAUUAUUCUUAAUGUUCGUAUUCUAGUUUUGUGGAUUCAACGCAGUAGUACAAUAUUCAACAUAAAUUUUUAAUGAUUCAAAAUCUUAGAAGACUGCUUAGUUUUUAUCCUUCUUGAUUUCAGUACUUAAAUGGAUAUUGUAUAGUUUUGCUGGGACGAUUACUCUCAAGUAUUAUGGUAGGAGGAAACCUCUAUUGGCAGGACUUUCAUUAAUGUUCGUAGCCAAUUUUGGGAUCUUCAUAUUUUCUUAUUUAAAGAAUGAUGACCUGCUAAUUGUGUUCAUCUUCGUAUUUGUAUUUGCCAAUUUUAGUUCGACUGGCCCUAUCGUCCCUGUUUACAUGCCUGAAUUUGUUCCUUAACAAUUGAUUUCAUAUUGCUACUACACUUUUUGGGGCUAUUCGAUAAUCAUCUUAUUGGUGUUUCCAGUUGCCAUGUACUUUUGUGUAUUUAAUUAAGCAAACAUUUGGGGAUGUAAAACUGUUUCUUGUUUUUCGCGGUCAUCACGAUAUUAGGUGUGCUGA